AUGCCAGGUACCUGUGUCCCCGUACUUCUUUCACCUUUUUUCAUUUUGGCACUUUCCACCACCCUGUCCCUUCCCCCCCAAAAAAGUCCGCCGACUGCUCCCGCUUCCGCAGGCCGUGACUUCCUAACCCGCACCGAGCUUGGCCAGCCCUCAGUGGGGACGACCAUCUGGCGACAUCCGUCCGUUUCGUUCGGGGGCAAGACCUCUCUCUGUCUUCCUUCAGUUUCUGUGCCGUCUCCUCCCACCACUUUCGUUCGGAUUGCAGUCGAUAGAAGGAGCCGUUGCGACGGGAUGAUAUAA